CUGAGUCUUUUUUUAGGAGACGAGGGUGAAUCCGGGGACCCUGGACCUCAGGGUCGAAAAGGAGUCGCCGGUCCUCCAGGUGACCCUGGUCAACGUGGACCCCCUGGCGACAUGGGCUAUAAAGGUCGUAAGGGUGCUAGAGGUCCCCCUGGUCGUGCCGGAAAUAGUAUACAAGGAGCUGAAGGUCUUCCAGGCGAUGAUGGACCCAAAGGUGAAAAGGGUGAACCGGGCCCCGAGGGUACCAAAGGUGUUCGUGGAGAGAUAGGACCAAAGGGUGAACGUGGUGAGCAAGGACGCAGUCCAGACGAGGGAAUACCUGGUCCUCCUGGUGAUAUGGGUGACCCUGGCCCUAGAGGUCCACCUGGUAUGGCCGGACCAAAGGGCGAACCCGGCAAGUGCAUCGGUUCGGCCGCCAAGGGUGAUCGCGGUGAACAGGGUGAUAGAGGUGAACACGGUCCCCCCGGUCUGCCGGGACCAAAGGGAGACAAGGGAGACAGAGGAUCUCCCGGCGUUCAGGGCCAACCGGGUAAGUUACCGUGCUCUUAA